AUGGCGGAGGGGGUGAGGCAGGUUCUCCAGAGGCCAAUUCAACUGGCAGAUGAGGUGAUUAAGCUGGCCGACGACGCCCACCCCUCCUUCAAAGCCGACUACGUUGAUCUCAGGGUGAAGGCGGAUCGGCUGGCGGCGCUGCUCCGGCAGGCCGCCCGCGCCGAUCUCUACGAGCGGCCGACGCGGCGGAUUAUGCACGAGACGGAGCAGGUCCUGGAAAAGGCGCACUCCAUCGCCUCCAAGAGCCGCACCUCCCACGGCCUCAUCAAGCGUGUCUUCAAUCCGGCCACACCGUCCAGGAAGAUCCACUCACAGCUCGAUAACUGCAUCACCGACGUCUCCUGGCUGCUGCGAGUGUCCGCCACACGCAGGCACGACGGUGGAGAGGGCGGCGACUCCGACGACGACGACGACGUAGGUCUGGGGCUUCCGCCCAUCGCCGCCAACGAGCCGAUCCUCGGCCUGAUCUGGGAAGCGGUGGCAAAGCUCCAGAACGGCUCGCUCGAGAAGCGGACGUCCGCCGCCUCCGAGCUCGUCUCCCUCGCCUCCGACAAUGACCGCAAUUGGAAGCUCAUCAUCGAGGAGGGCGGCGUGGGGCCUCUCCUGAAGCUGGUGAAGGAAGGGAAAGCGGAGGGGCAGGAGAACGCCGUGAAGGCCAUCCUCCUGCUGGCCCGAGACUCGGAGAGCGUUGAGAAGCUGGUCCAGGCCGGUGUCUGCUCCAUCUUCGCCAAGGUGCUCAAGGAAGGCCCCAUGAAGGUGCAGGCCUCUGUGGCCAACGCCGUCGCCGAGCUCGUCGACAAGUACCUCCCGUGCCAAGACGAAUUCGCCCAGCACAACGUCGUCCGCCUCCUCGUCGCUCACCUCGCCUUCGAAACCCUCGAGGAGCACAGCAAGUACACCAUCCCUUCCAAGAGCCACAUGUCCAUCCACUCCGUGGUCCUCGCCAGCAACAAGAACCAGAUGCACAACACCACCCAGUCUCAUCACGGCGGUGACGCCGCCGCCGUGCACCCCGCCGGGAAUGGCCAUCUCUCGCACCAGCAGCACCCGCAGGGAUCCUCGUCGGGGGCCAGUCUCAAGGGGAGAGAGUCCGAGGACCCGGAGACGAAGGCCGCGAUGAAGGCGAUGGCGGCCAAGGCCCUGGCGCUGCUGGCCAGGGGCCACCCCAACAUCUGCAAGAACAUCACCGAUUCCAGGGCUCUCCUCUGCUUCGCCUCCCUUCUGGAGAAGGGGCCCGACGACGUCAGGUACAACUCCGCCAUCGCUCUGAAGGAGAUCGCGAGGGUGGCGGAGGACGAUGCAGACCUGCGGCGAUCGGCAUUUAACCCCAGCUCCCCUGCGGCCAAGGCGGUGGUGGACCAGCUGCUCCGGGUGAUUGAGGAGGGAGACUCAGACCGCCUGCUACUCCCCUGCAUCACGGCGAUCGGGUGCCUGUCGAGGACAUUCCGGGCGAAGGAGACGCGGAUCAUUGGCCCCCUGGUGCGGUUCCUAGAGAGAGAAGGGCAGCUGACGAGGGAGGCGGUGAUCGCCCUCACCAAGUUCGCCUGCACAGAGAACUACCUCCACAUGGAUCACUCCAGGGCCAUCAUCAACGCGCAGGCGGCCAAGCCCCUCGUCCAGCUGGUGUACCUCGGCGAGCCGCCGAGCAUCAGGAAGGAGGCCCUGGUCCUGCUGUGCUACAUCGUACGCCAUGUCCCCGAAAGUGAGGCGCUGACGGACAACGACGACGUCAUCUCGGCCCUCAGGUGGGCCUCCAAGAACAUCUUCACCGAGGAGGAGGAAGAGGUCGAGAAGCUGCUGACGGAGGCCAAGGGCAGACUGGAGCUCUACCAGUCCAGAGAUCCAAGGGGAUUCCGCUGA